AUGUCUGUAAGAUUGCCAUAUCCACAAACUAAUGUUUAAACAUAACAAUUAAAGCCAUCUGGAUAAGUUGCCGUUUAAAAGCAUACAGGAUUCGCUUUCAAUUGUUUGGAUAGAGAUGAAUUAGAAAAUCAAGACAAAAUAGAUUUAUAUGGAAUUGAGAAUUAAGUGGAAUCAUAAAAUGGAUGA